AUGGGAGGCCUUUUGGUAAUUGACAAUGGAACAUACGAAUGUAAAGCAGGAGCCAAUAAAGAUAUACCAAGUGUGAAAUUCCGCAACCAAAUAUACAGAACAAAAGGAAAGGAUGGCAAAGCAUUAUACUCAAUAUCUGUGGAUAAAAACCAGAAUACUCCAUCAACAGUAAAAAGUAUGUUUGAUGGAAUGGUUGUGUAUAACUAUGACGUAUUUGAAGGUACAAUUAAAUCAAUAAUGAAAGAAGUAAAAACUGGGUUAAAUACUAAAGAAAAGGAAGAUAUUAAAGAAUUAGUAAUAACUGAAUGCUUUUUAAACCCAAAAGUAUUUCAUGAUAUGGCUAUAGAAAGUAUAUUUAAUACAUUCUCAUUUAAAAAGGUGCAUAUAGGGUAUGAUAUGAUAUACUCGUAUGAGUAUAAUAUACAGAAUAAUUCAAAUAUGUCACUGGAUACAGAAGGAUUCAAAAGAGAAUUCUGUGAUGUAAUAAUUAGUAUGGGAUAUAUGGGAGUAUAUGUUAUUCCUGUAGAUCCUGUGAUAAAAAGUAUUUUAUAUGAAGAGAGUACUUAUAUGCCACUGGGGAGUUUGGCGGCACAGUAUAUCUUCUGUAGAAGUAUUUCUAAUAAGUACUGUGGUACGGGUGUAAAAGUACAGAAAGAAGAUGUAAUUGAGUACUUUAAGGAUUUAAAGGUACCACUGGACUACCUUGAAGAAAUAGAGGGAGUUGUACAUGAGGGAGUAGGAAAUGUUCAAAUAUUACAAAAGCCAGGGAAGGAGAAAACUGCACCUAUUAGGAAUUAUCCUAAAAGAAAACCAGCAGAAGAGAUCCGGAAAAAAACAAAGGCAUUGGUGGAUAAAGAGAAGAGUGAAGAGAGUACAGAAACUCAUAUAAGUGAUACUAUGACAUCGAAAGAGGCAGUUGAAGAGGAAGCAGAAGAAGUGGUUGAAACAGCAGAAACAAACAGUACACAGAAAGAGAGUGAAUUAAUGAAUGAAGAAGAACUAGCUAAGAAAUUAAAAAGAGAGAAACUCAUAAAGGGAGCAACUGAUCAUAGGAAUAAGCAGAAAAUACUGAAAUCCUUGGAGCGGCUUAGCUAUCACAUAUUUAUACUUGAAGACAGAUACUUGCUCAUAAACAACCCAGGAGAGUUUAUGAAGCUACGAAGGGAUCGGUUAGAGUACCUUGAAAAGAUAAUUAAAAAAAGGACUUUUGUAAGGAAUGAGUUGAAGAACAAGAAAAGUACGCACUCUCUGGCACUACUAAAGAAGUCUUUAGAGCACCCAGACACACAGUCGGAGGAUAACGUAUACUUACAGGAUAUUCAGGAUGCAUCACUUGAUGACAGUGCAAUUCUUGAAGAGAUUGAGCAAAUAGAUGGAUUCUUACGGGAAAAUGAUCCAGAGUACAUUAAAAAAGAGGAGAACCCACUUGAUAAAAUAAGGUACGGGUAUAAAGAGAAAGGAGGAAUAAACAUCAAUGUUGAGUUUAUACGAACAGCAGAAGCACUCUUUAAUCCUGCAAUUGUAGGGAUAGAGCAGCCAGGUCUCACUGAAAGUCUUUCUAACAUUAUGCACACUAAGGAUGUACGUAAUAUAUUCAUAACUGGAGGGUUUAGCCAAAUAAAUGGGUUGAAGGAAAGAAUCCAAAAGGAAAUCAUUCCACUGCGGUACAUGCCAAAUGAUCCAUGCAUUGUAUCUGCCUUAGACCCAGUGAAUGAUGCGUACCGUGGCGCAUUCCUUAAAUCAGAAUAUGCAAAGACGUACACAAAGAAAGAGUACAUGGAACAACAGGCAAAGAAAAAAGAGACAGAAAAUAAUAAUGACUAAAAUAGUUAUACCACAACAAUAUUCAUAAUAUACUAAUAUGCAUAUGGAACUGCCCAGAUUUAGCUGUAAUUUACAUGAAAAGUGCUUGUAUAAAAAUACACGUACAUAAAGCAUAAGUAAUCACUGUAAUAUUCAAUCACAUAACUUGAAAUAAUCGAAUUCUUUAAUAGAAUGUGCUGGUUAUUUGGGCUAUAUAGUAAUUACUGCAGUAUAGUAUAAAUAAGUACAUGACAAUUCAUAAAUAAAACCU